UAGAUUUAAUAUAUAUCAAGCACGUGUUGGAUACAAAAACAUUGCAUUGAUGCAUUCUAAAACGUGUAAAAUAUUAUUUGAGAAAUUGUUGACUUCAAAAUUUGUUUAAUUUAAUAAAAAAAAAACUUCUAUGAAGCUAAUAAAUUAUACUUAAAAAGUAAAUAGUACAACGACAUAGGUACGAUGGAGGAAGAAAAUACACCUAAUGUUAGCCUUAUAUCGUGCAUGCACUUUGUGCAAAGAGGCGUGGCGAAAGCAGUUCCUGAAAAAAUUGAAUUAACCCAAGGGGAACUAGAGAACAUAAUCAGACAGACAGCUAAUGACCUGAGGAUUGCAGAGCAAGGAGAUGACGAGACUGAUGAUGAAGGUACAGGCUCCGCCCCAGAGAUACCAGCCAAUCCGAAUGAUGAAUUCAACUUUGAUAACUAUGAUAAUGAAGACCUAAAUUUGAAUCCAGUUGGUAUAGGAACAGUAGCAACAAUACCUAAUCUGGGGGAUUUAAGUGAGAAUGUGCAAAUAAGAACUGAAGGGCCAGACAGUGAUGAGGAGGAUGAUAUAAUUAAGCCCGAGGACAAUUUGCUGCUUGUGGGACACGUAGAGAGUGAUGCCAGCGUGUUAGAAGUUCACAUAUUUAAUAAGGAGGAAGGCUCUUUCUACGUGCAUCAUGAUAUAAUACUGCCGUGGUUCCCUCUGUGCAUCGAGUGGCUCAGCCAUGAUCCAACAGAUCCAAACCCUGGUAAUCUGUGCGCUCUCGGUGGUAUGGACCCGGUGAUUCAAGUUUGGGACCUGGAUAUUGAAAAUUGCCUCGAACCAGCAUUUAAAUUGGGAAAGAAACCGAAUAAAAAGAAGAAAACAAAACGCAUAGGCCACAAGGAAGCUGUACUGGAUCUCUCUUGGAAUAGGAAUUUUACGCAUGUAUUGGCGAGUGGUUCAGCUGACAACACAGUUCUACUCUGGGACAUGGAUCAGGGCACUCCUCACACUAAACUGGACUACUUUGCUGAUAAGGUCCAGAGUGUGAGCUUCCACCCGCUGGAGGCGCAGACGCUGGCGGCGGGCGCGUGCGACGGCAGCGUGUGCGUGGCGGACUGCCGCACGCCUUCCGCGCACCGCGCCUGGCAUCUGCCGCCGGAGAUAGAGCGAGUCGCCUGGGACCAGCUCAACCCCUUCUGCUUUGCUAUGAGCAACAAUGAAGGAAAAGUAGCCUAUAUUGAUUGCAGACAAGAUGAACCGCUCUGGACCGUACAAGCUCAUGAAAAAGAAGUCACAGGUUUAAUACUGAGCAAUAAAGUGCCUGGUUUGAUGAUCACAGUCAGCACAGAUGGUUUCAUGAAGACCUGGGAUAUUACAAGGUCCGGGGCGGUGACAGCCAGCGGCCGCGCCGUCCGCGUGGGUCAGGCCCUUUGCGCCGCGCUGUGUCCCGACGCGCCUUACAGCGUAGCGGUGGGCGGAGACAACAAGGAAAACUAUAUGGAGAUGGUCGAUCUCUCCCUUAGUGACGACUUUUUAAACCGUUUUGGGUCACGGCCCCUUGUGUCAGCGAGAACAGAAGAGAGUAGUGCCAGUAUGGAAACUUGAGCUUAAACUAUAUUUUUACAAUAUAAGUAAUAAAUAUAUAUUUAUGAAAGUAAA